AUGAGCAGCCGGAAUUCAACAGCAUAUAUGAAUGAACUUGAAGAACAAUCUGAUCACUUAUCAGAAAGAGCAUUACAAAGUUCUGUAGUCGACAUCGUCGUCACAAUUCAAAAUAACUUCUUCAAAAAAGGAAAACCGCUGAAAAUAUGGCAUCAAUAUCUGCUCAAUAAAAUCCUUUACAACAAAAAUUAUGUUUACGUGGAUAAGGUAUUCUGUUUCGUAGAAAGCAAAACAACGGUUAGAAGAGAACAGAUAUUCUAUGCAAUAAUAUUACUGCUAAUUGCAUUUGUCCUGCUAGAGAAUUUUGAUCCAUUACUAUGCAGCAUAGUUAGCUGUCUUUAUCCUGCAUACGAAACUACCAGGUCUUUAACCGUUCACAAGAAUAAAGCACGCAAACAACGUGAGCAUUGGCUUAUCUACUGGAUUGUAUUCUCGUUUUUUACGCUUCAAGAUUACUAUACGGAGUGGUUAACAAAAAUUUUCUCGCCACUUCUUUUACUGAAGAUGUUAUUUUUAAUGCUUCUAGCAUUACCGCAAACGGGGAUGGCUAAGUUGUGUUAUCACAACGUCGUAGUUCCCGUAUUUUCCAUUAUCAACGAUGCCUUCAUUAAGUAUAAUCGGCGAAACUGCGAUAUCGAAGGUAUCACAGGAAAUGCUUCAGAAAUUGAAGAGAACGAAAAGUAA